UGAAAAUUACCAAUAGGACAUCUGUUACAGAGGAAUGAACAUUGCAUGAUCUUUUUCGAGCAGGAACCUCAAUUUCACCACUGUUUCUAUAGUAACUUGACAGAUUAGUCCCAAAUUUUGCUAUUUCCAAUUGUUUUCUUUGCUUAUAAGUACUAUAUGUAUAUAUAAUAUGUAUAGUUUCGUAAAACAUUCAGAAAUAUUAUUAUUAAAACAUUUUUAUUGUCGAUACUUAUUUAUUAAGGUAUAAAGUUUUAUAUAUAUAUAUAUAUAGUAAAGUUUACGAUUUGAUGAAUGUUACUAUUCCAUCCGUGCAAUUAUCUCUAGUUUUGGAGCACAUGGAACAACAUAUGUACAUAAGUAAAUACAUACAUCAAAUUAAACAAUUUGAAAGAAAGAUAAAUUCAACAUGAAUUCUUUAUAUUUUUAUAUGAAUUUUUUCCGAGCAUUGACAGUAAUGUUAAUGAAACAUAACUUCAACUAUACGCUUUUUUAUAUAUUUGCAUAUUACGUCGUUUUUAAAUUGAAAAUAUUAACUGACACAACAUUUAAUUGGAACAUUUUACCGAAUAAUGUUUUUAAGAACCUUUUGAAACAGUUUUAUAAUCAAGACAAUAAUUAUGUAGAUUGUAAUUCUUGUUUAUUAGCAAAUAUAAAGUACUUUAAAGUGUCUCUACCAACUUGGUUUUAUGUAUGUUCCAAAGUAACUGUAAAAAAAUAUAAAACGUUAAUUAUUCCCUCAAAUGAUACUUACGCAAACAAAAUAUUUGCAUCUGAAAUCAUGAAACGUAACAUAGAGAAUACGUUACAUUGUAACAUUGAAAAAUGCUUUUUACUACCAAUAAAAGAGAACACAAUUAACUUUGCUAAAGAAGCAAAAGUUUCUAUGAUUUCAAAUCCAUACGAGAUUACAGAUAACUUGACAAGUAUUCUAUUAGAAAAUUAUUUUUCUGAACCUCGAUUUUUAAGAGAGAACGAUAUAUUUGGUAUUGAUGUAAAGGAACAUAUAUCGGAUCAGAUGUAUUUACACAUUAAUUAUUUAAUGUCUAUUAUAUAUUUCAAAGUUAAUACUAUUGUAACAAAGGAUAAAACUUGUACAAAAGGUUGUUAUAUUUUACACGGAGAAACAACGCUUAUUCAAGAACCUAAUGUGCAUAGUUAUCUACCUGAAAAAAGUUCCUACUACGAUGAAAGUAAAGAAAAGUUAAUUGAAUUAUAUCCAUCGGGUGUUGCUGCACCUUUGGAACACUUGGAACGUUGCAUCUUGCCUUUUAUUAAAUAUGAAAUUCAGUUACCCAUAAAACCAGUAUUUCUUGUUAAGGGCUCGCAGGGUUCAAACAAACGCAAAUUAAUACAAAUAUUAACUGAAAAGAUCGGUUUGAAUUGUCUAAAUGCCGACUUUGCAGAAGUUCAAGCUUUAACAUCAGCCCAAACAGAAGCCAAGCUACGUAUCGUAUUGCAUAAUGCAGAACAAUCAGUACCGUGUAUACUUUGUUUAAAUAACAUAGAGGUCUUUGGGAAAAAUGCUGAAGGUCAAAAAGAUGAAAGAAUAAUAUCAACAUUUUUGACUGAACUAAAUUCAUUGUACGAUAAACGCUUAAAAUAUCCAGUUAUUAUAGUCGCUACUACAAAUGAAUCUGAAAUAUCAUCAGAAUUGCAGAGAAUCUUUAUCGAAACUAUUCAUAUGGAUCAGCUGGAUCAAAAGCGAAGAACAGAUUUAAUUUCAUGGUUACUUGGUAAACGAGAUAUCAAGUAUCAAAUAAAUUUGUCGAAAGUAGCCGGUAUAUGUUCGGACUUUAGAUUUUUCGAUUUGUCAGCGCUAAUACUACACGCUGUAAAAUUUUAUUGUAAGAAUAACAGUGCGGAUGUAAAAUCACUCGUACUUUCACAAGAACAUUUUGAUAAAGCUUAUGAGUAUGUUCAAUCGAUAUAUACCGACAGUAAAGGUGCGCCACGUGUACCAAAAGUUUAUUGGGAAGACAUCGGUGGCUUAGCGACCUUAAAACAUGAAAUAAUGCGCAGGAUUCAGUUACCUUUAAUGAACGCUCUAGGUUUUGGUCAGUCUGGGUUACUUUUAUAUGGACCACCUGGUACCGGGAAAACGCUACUUGCCAAGGCUGUAGCUACGGAAUAUCAGCUUCACUUUUUAUCUAUCAAAGGUCCUGAGGUGUUGAACAUGUAUGUUGGUCAAAGUGAGAAAAAUGUUAGGCAAGUGUUUGAAAGAGCAAGAGCUGCAGCUCCAUGCAUAAUAUUUUUUGACGAACUCGACUCUUUGGCUCCCAAUCGUGGACGCAGUGGUGAUAGCGGAGGUGUAAUGGACCGUGUCGUAUCUCAGUUGCUCGCUGAAAUGGAUGGACUCGACUUUUCCAACAAUAUAUUCAUCAUAGGAGCUACAAAUAGGCCGGAUCUCAUAGACCCUGCACUUCUCAGACCUGGUCGUUUCGAUAAAUUAUUAUAUGUAGGGAUUCAUUCUGAUCGUGAAUCACAGCUUAAUGUAUUGAAAGCGCUAACUCGUAAAUUCAAAUUUCGCGAGAACGGAGAAGAAUUGACAAAACUAAUAGAUCAGUUACCUGAUCGGACAACUGGUGCCGAUUUGUAUUCCGUUUGCUCGAAUGCAUGGUUAAAUGCUGCACGUAAAGUCCUCCAUGAACAUGAUAAUCAAAAUACAUUAACAGACCAGUCUGCUUCUAACGAGGCCGUGUUAAAUGAAUGUAUUGCCGUAGAAUUUGAAGAUUUGUUAAAGGCUGCACGCGAGUUGGUUCCUUCGGUUAGCAAAGAGGAAGCAGAUAGAUACAAGAGAAUGCACAUGGAAUUAUCAUCGUCGUGAUAAUACUUCUCGAUGCUUUGAUCGUAAAGCAUUAGGUUCAAACAAUGUUCAGUCUUAUAAACGAAGAUGUUAUUUUAUUCAGGGAAGUAUGUAAAACAAUUUUCACAGCGAAUAAUUAUAUCAUAAAUGAUAUCUCUAAGCUCUAUCCUAGAUAUUGCACCAAAUGGGGUUACUCUUAAUGCUAGCUGUGCGACGAAGAACGUAACGGUACCGAAAUUUCUCCUCGAUGACGGUGGAUUCUUUAAAACGUUCCUAUUCAAAACGUUUAAUUACAAUAUAAUACAUUGAUCAAAGUAUGGCAAUGUAGAUAAAAAACGAGAUAGCUUUACUUUACUGACUUCUUAAUUGAUAUCGCGAGAUAGGAUCAAUUCGGAUAUAAUUCAUGGCAACGAACUUAUAUGUAUACAUAUGUAUAAGAAAGAAAUAGAAUCUUUUUGUUCGCGUUCGCACCUAUUCAUAUUCUUACCGUCAUACGUGGAUAUGAAAAUUGUUACAAUAAAAAGCCAUUGAAUUAAGGGCUUUUUGGGACUGUCGUUGAAAAUACUUAACAAUCGUAAAAAGAAAUAGCAAGAAUUCAUCAUCUAUGUGCGUUGUAGAGUGACUAAAGUUGGCGACAAUUAGCCUGUCAAUAAAUUUAGCUAUUGUAAACUCUCGUUGUAAAGCUAAUACGAGUUCUUGAAAAAGAUUUCAAAGAUCAACUAUAUAUGCUUUAUCGUUAUUGUUCGUAAUUGUAUAUGUAUGGAAAAAUCAAAGAACUACGUAUACUGUGAAAAGCGUGGUACAUGAGAAAGAAAUUUUAUAUACUCGGUGACUGCGAACUAUCUAGUCAAGUUUAAUACUUUACUUACAUUCAACGUAUCUUGUCGCAGUUUUUUUCUUUGUUUAGCAGUCUUGUGUGUUAAUGUGUGUGUGUGUGUGUGUUAUCAUACGUGUACACCCAGGUGCAACAUAGGCUUUCCAUUAUUUGUUUUCAGUCUUGGGAGAAUCCAAGGAAAGCUUAAUCUAACAGCUUUCUAUCCUCGUACAUAAAGAAUAUAGAUAGAGAAAUAAGGCGAGUGGUGGAACAUUUCUUCUCCAACACUUGUUUUGAACUAAGUAAAGCCUAUACUGCACACGGCGAGUGUACAUCUAAAAGGAAAGAAAUACAGUAGUAGUUCGAGAACGUGCGCAAAACCGAUCUAGGAUUAACGAACGUAGCGAAGGGUGGUAUUGCCGAUUAAUUGAACAGGACGACAUCGGCUUAUAGGCUCUCGGAGUGUAUAUUGUUCGAAUCGCGAGAAGACCCGACCUCCCGAUAAAGACUGUUUCUACACGUUUCUACGCGUGGUCGUUGAUCAAAAGAUGCGGUAAACAGAGCCAGUUAUGAGCCCUCGGUAUUCGAGCCUGCAACAAAAAAAAGGAAACAACCAUUUGACUAAUAUCCGUAGGUCUGUUUAACACGUUCCAUGGUAGUCAUCAGUUUUAGAAUUGUUUUACGGAACCUCUGAUGAAUACGUUUCUAACAAAGGCCUACUGUGUAUAGUAGAGAUAUAAAGAGACUUGGGGCUUCUACCAAAGGGAUUUUACAAUGGGAUUUUACUCGAUAAUCGUUAGGUUUGCAUCUUACGCAUACCUGGUCAAGACGAUUUCGUGGCAAAUUCGUGCAGUAUGUCACAAGCCAUUUCAAGAUCGUUCCUAGUAAUACCGAGCGCUCUAAUCACGGCGUCUUGCGCGAAUCCGAGAGCCGUCAGCUUGGAAAUGUGUUCGACGUUCACAUUCUCGUAUGCCGCGGUUUCUGGCUUCGCGGAACCACCGGUGGGAUCGUCCUUACCUCUCAUCAGGGCGGACAAUCGAGCUGUAUUCGCUUCCAGAUUAAUGUUCCUCACGACGUGCUGUCUCGUACCAGGUAUCACGAUUGUAUUCUCGUAAUGAUGAUCCUGUCUGUUGUGCUCUUUGCUGCUUGUCUUUGGCGGUCGUGGCACUGACAAAGGAGGAGGUACAGGAGGUAACGUUGGCGGUGGCUGUGGCUGUGGCUGUGGCUGUGCUUGAGAUGGGACGACAUAAUUCCCUUGGGAUCGACGAAUCCCGGCAUGAGCUCUGCUUACUGGAAAAGGAGCUGGAGGUAUUGGUGGCACUGGUGAAGGCGACGAAGCACGAUGCAACAUGUCGUAUCCUGCUUCGGAGUUCACUGAUUGAAUAAAACAGACAUAGAAUUGAAUGAUGCGUUAACUGCUGACGGUGGCGGUGGAGGAGCAUUUUCUUUAGGCACAGUCAAAUGUCGACCAUUUCUAGUAUGACCGUUUGGCGUUGGCGAUGGCGAGGGUCGUCGAGGUGGUAACGGUGGGCUUGGUACGAUUCUUCGCGUCAAGGUAGGUGAAUUAGUUGGAUUGGAAUCUUCUUCUUCUUCUUCUUCUUCUUCUUCUUCUACUUCUACUUCUUCUACUACUACUACUUCUUCUUCUUCUUCAUCUUCUUCAUCUUCUUCUUCUUCUUCUUCUUCUUCAUCCGAAUCGUCGCAGAUUAAGCCGGAAUGGCCAUUGCAUAGGUCCAUUAUUUCCUAAAACAAUUCAUAGGAAAAACGUGCAUUAAUAAGAUUUUGGUAUUAGCUAGAUUUCACUAAUCUCUUUUAAUACUAAUCAAGUAAGUAACUUGAGAAAUUGUUGUUGAUGAACUCGUGUUUGUAAAUGAAUAGAGAAAAAAACAUAACAAUUAAACAACGAGCGUAAUUACAAAGCGUAAAAGCAGAGAUAGAUAGAUAGAAAAAAAGAGAGGCAUAAUGCAUGUGUGUUCACUUACCUUUAUACAGUAGUGAAAAAAAAA